AUGAAUGCGAUCCAGAUCUACCUCGCCAAAUCUCUUGGUCUCCUGCUGCACUUCCACCGGUUCAGAAGUUUCGUCGUUCCGCCCAUUCUCCUUCAGUUUUGCCUCGUCUUGAGACAUUCCUCUGAAAAACUUCCUCCAUUUCGUGAAAAAUUUUGAACAGAAGUAAACUCGAAAACGGGAGAUUGCUCCAAUGAUCUCGAAACUUUUUUUAGGGAAAAAUUUUGAUUUUUAAAAAAAGUAGAAUUUUUUUAUAAAAUUUAAAAAAAUGAUGAAAAAAAUGCGACAAAGUCAUGUACGCUCAAUUGACAAAGCUCAGUAAGCUCUUGAGGGAACAUUUUACUCAAGGAGCCACUCAAAGGGUCACUUAGAUUAUAUUUUUUUAAAUUUUUUUUGAAUGAUGAAUGAUCUCUGAAGAAUACUCUUUGAAAAAAAGAGAGGAUUCCCUCUUGUUGAAAAAAAUUUUUCAUUUUGACUUCGAAACUUUGAAUUUUUUUGAGAGACAUCAAAUAUUUUUAAAAAUCAAGGCAUAUAAAUUAUUUACAAUGGCGUGUUCAAAGUGACAGGAAAAUUCCAGUCUCGCCCCUUACGAUGUUCUCAAGAAAAAAGAUAACUAGUUUUUGGUGACUCAGAGAUGAUUUUGAAUCCCGCGGAAAUUGCUUUGAAAAGGGGGUAGUAUAUUGAGUUCAAGAGUCAAAAAUUGUUUUUUAUUUGCGUCUCCUUUCAACGAAUUUUGAAAAUGGCGUGUCAGCUUCUAAGAGUGUUUGUUCGCCACAUUAUUUUAAUCUCCCAGUCUUAUCGCUCAGACCGUGCCACUGUUCUCGAAUUCAUUGCUGUUUCAGGGCUCGUCCAACUUUUCAUUAGUACGUCUUUCCAAAAUGGAUCAUGCCAAAAUUUUUCAGUACGUUUUGCAAUAAAUCUAAUGAAUGAGAAGUAUUUCUUGCAGAGGUAUUGAAGAAGAUUAUGAAAAUUUGAAAGAGAUUCUGCGAGAGGCCGUGGCUAUUCAAAGUGUUUCAUCAGACCCUUCGAAACGCGACGAAACGAUUCGCAUGGUUCACUGGAUGAAGUUCGUUUCGAUCGCUUUGUCCAAAUCCUAAAUGAAUUUUAUGCUUUUAUAGGGCAAAGCUGGAAGAGAUCGGAGCUACCUGCAGCCUUCAAGACCUUGGAAAUCAAACCUUGGAAGGAAAGGAGGUAAUUGCUCGAAGCUCAAUCUUUACUUAGUCUAACACAUAGAUCCCACUGCCACCUGUUCUAUUUGGAACUUUGGGUACCGACAAGUCUAAAAAAACUCUUUUGGUAUAUGGUCAUGUAGGUGAGAACCGAAGAACCAAUUACGGUUUUUUUUUUAAAUAAAAAAUUGAUUAGAUGUACAACCAGCACAGAAGUCUGAUGGCUGGGACACCGAGCCGUUUGAACUCGUGGAGAAAGGCGAGUUUUUUUAAGCUUUAAAGAAUGGAGUUAGAUGCAUGAGAAUUACGCGAUCAGACAAAGCUUAUGACUUGGGAGUUUUGAGAAUUUUUAGACGGAAAACUAUUUGGAAGAGGGUCUUCGGAUGAUAAAGGGCCAGUUCUUUGCUGGGUCCACGCCAUCAGAGCCGCUCAGAAAAACAACGUCGAGCUGCCUAUUAACAUUAAGGUGAUUUAUCUCCGGACUCAUUUCAACUCCUGUAAAAGUUAAGUUCUGCUUUGAAGCGAUGGAAGAAUCUGGUUCGGUUGGGCUCGAAGAUUUGCUCAAACGAGAGCAGAAAGGAUUUCUCAGCGACGUCGACUUCACCUGCAUUUCUGACAGUUAUUGGCUCGGAACCAAGAAGCCUUGCUUGACCUACGGAUUGCGGUGCCUCAUAGUUUGCAUUUGAUUCGAAAAUGUAAAUUUCAGAGGUAUUUGCUCGUUCUUUGUGGAAGUCUCGGGUAUCAAGCAGGACUUACACUCAGGAGUUUUCGGUGGAGUUGUGUAAGAAAUUUAGUUCAUUGACCGCUUAUUUAAGACAAUAUGUAAUAGAGGCCCUUACAGUGAGCGAAAAAAUAUUUAGAUGCUUUUUUUUGUAUCAAGCUGGCGAAGAAUAGAGUGAAAAGAUCUUACAAUUUCAAAUGCGAGUUUCAGCCACGAGCCUUUGGCUGACUUGUUCUGGAUCAUGUCUCAGUUGACAACCGUCGAAAACCGCAUCUCCAUUCCUUGUGAGAAAUUUAAUCGUUCUAUUUCGAUAAAUUCAUGUACAUAGCUAUUUACGACGACGUGGCACCGAUGAGCGAGGUUGAAGCAAGGAUUUACAAGGAGAUAGAGUUCGACGUGAAAGAAUUCCGAGAGAGCGUCGGCGCUUCGAAGCUUCCCACGGAGGACAAGGAGACCUUGCUGAUUCGCAGAUGGAGGGAACCUUCGUAAGUUAAAUGACCGAUAUGGUCCCUCGAAAUGGUGGGUUCAGACUUACUGUUCAUGGGGUCGAAGGUGCUUUCUAUGGGAAAGGCGAGAAGACGGUCAUUCCUUCCAAAGUUAUCGGUAAGUUCUCCAUCCGCAUCGUGCCCAACAUGACUCCUGAAAAGGUUUCUCAGACGUUCUUUUUUUGUUCACGAAGUGUUGAAUUGAGGUGAACAAGAUCGUUGGCGAUUAUUUGAACGAAUUGUGGAAGAAGCGCGGAUCUCCAAACACUUUCAAGUGCCUGUUUUAAAUCUUCUGGACGAAAAAUUAAAGUUCAGCGCGAAGCCAGGACACAGUGCAAUGUCUUGGGUCGCUGACGUCAACGACCCCAAUUUCCUCGCCGGAGCUCGCGCCAUGAAGCUCGGUAUUUGAGAAACCGUGAACAGAAAGCAAAACUCUUUCUCAGUGCAUGGCGUCGAGCCCGACCGAAUCCGCGAAGGCUGCAGCAUUCCUAUCACUCUUACCUUCCAGGUGUUUACCGCCCAAAACAUUUCACAGCUGAUUUUCAGGAGCUGACUGGAAAAAGUGUUCUGCUUCUUCCCAUUGGCGCUGCUGACGAUAUGGCGCACUCGCAAAACGAGAAGAACAACAAGGUGAAUUUAUAUCUGUUCGCCUUUUCGAUUAACACGUUCAGUUCAACUACAUCGAAGGCGUCAAGACGCUGCUCUCCUACAUUAUGGAACUCGGCAGCGCUUGA